UAUCAAGCCGACAACCCAGAUGCCCCCUCGAUGGCGGAACAGGGAGUGCUGUGGAUGGCAGGAGGUGGAACCCACAGGCGGAUCUACCCAGAAAUCUGCAAGAUUGAUGGUCAUCUGCAAAGUCACUUGGGAAAUCCAGGAAUGCUGAAGAGUUUGGAACAAUACCAUGAACAUGUGCUUGGGAAUGUUGAGCAUCAUAGCAAAAUUCAUUUUCCUUUUAGGCAAAAUCAUGACAUGUUUGAGUUAUAUAUAAAAACUCUGAAAUCAAAUUUAAGUUUAGCUAAUCAGAACAAAAGUUAUGAAAUUAGGAACUCUGCUAAAUUUAAUGGAUAUGGGAAAUUUUUCCUGCAUGGUAAUCGUGAACAAUUUCAUUCUGCAGUUAAGUUCCCUAUGAGUACAAAUCCUACCAGCACUAAGUUCCAAGUAAUUCAGCGUCAGACAGUUAACAAUGUAGAGAAGACCCAUAUAUGCAGUGAAUGUGGGAGAGCCUUCCUGAAGAAGUCCCAGCUCAUUGAUCAUCAGAGAGUUCAUACAGGAGAAAGACCUUAUGGAUGCAGUACAUGUGGGAAAGCAUUCUCCAGAAAGUCCAGGCUCACUGAACAUCAGAGAAUUCAUAAAUUAGAGAAAUCCCAUAUCUGCAAUGACUGUGGAAAAAUCUUUACCAUAAGGAGUCGUCUGAUUGAACAUCAGCGAACUCAUACUGGGGAGAAACCCUUUGUGUGCAACAUGUGUGGAAAAGGUUUCCCUGGGAAACGUAAUCUCAUCAUACAUCAGCGCACUCAUACAGGAGAGAAAUGCUACAUAUGUAGUGAUUGUGGAAAAGGCUUCACUGGGAAGAGCAUGCUUAUCAUACAUCAGCGAACUCAUACUGGAGAGAAACCCUACAUAUGCAGUGAUUGUGGGAAAGGCUUCACCACAAAGCACUAUGUCAUCAUACACCAGCGAAACCACACAGGAGAGAAACCCUAUGUCUGCAAUGAUUGUGGGAAAGGUUUCACCAUGAAGACCCGUCUGAAUGAACACCUGCGAACUCAUACUGGAGAGAAACCCUAUGUGUGCAAUGACUGUGGAAAAGCUUUUCCUAGGAAGAGUAACCUCAUCAUACACCGUCGCAAUCAUGGAGUAGAGAAAUCGUAUCUAUGUAGUGAUUGUGGAAAAGGCUUCACUGUGAAGAGCAUGCUCAUCAUACAUCAGCGAACUCAUACUGGAGAGAAACCCUAUGUGUGUGCUGACUGUGGAAAAGGUUUCCCUCUGAAGAGUCGUCUCAUUGUACAUAAGCGAACACAUACUGGUGAGAAACCCUAUAAAUGCAAUUUAUGUGGGAAAGGUUUUGUUGUGAAUAGUGGACUAAUGUUACAUCAGCGAACGCAUACUGGAGAAAAGCCCUACAUAUGCACUCAGUGUGGAAAAGGUUUUGCUUACAAGAGCAAUCUCAUCGUGCAUCAGCGAACUCACACUGGAGAGAAACCUUUUAUGUGCAAUGAAUGUGGAAAAGGCUUUACCAUGAAACGCUAUGUCAUCAUUCAUCAGCAAACUCACUCAGUAGAAAAACCCUAUGUCUGCAGUGAAUGCAGAAAAGGCUUUACCACAAAGAACAAACUCAUUGACCAUCAACAAAUCCAUACUGGAGAGAAACCCUAUGAAUGCAAGGAAUGUGGGAAAGGCUUCACCGUGAAAAGCCGGCUAACAGUACAUCACCGAACUCAUACAGGAGAGAAACCCUUCGUUUGCACUACAUGUGAAAAAGGCUUUUCCUCAAAGAGAAAUCUCCUUGUACACCAGCGAACUCAUAAUAUAGAGAAGUCCUAACAAUGCAAAGAAUGCUGUAAGGCCUUAAGGAAGAAAACGUGCCUCAUACAACAUCAGAGAUUUCACACAGGAUAAACUUCCUAUGUAUGCACCAAGUGUGGCUAAUUUCCAUUUCCUUUAAGCAAGACUGGUGAAUUGAAUUCUUUUAUGUGGCCUUUUGCCUGAGUUCUUUGAAGAAAACAGCUUGAUUUUCUCUGUAAGCCCUGAGAAGUUACCUUUGCUUUACUUUUCUGACUCAGAGGGUUGGUGGUUUUUUUUUUGGUUUUUUUUUAACUUUUGUCUAAAUUGAUUGACAUUUCCAGGACAAGCUGGAAACACCUUGCUGUGUUGAUACUUUUUGUCUACUCUGGGUUGCAGUCUGCCUUAGAACUGGUGUGCACUUGGAGGGAUUGGUCAAUAAACUAUGCAAAUGAAAGACUUAUAAGCCUACUAUGGGGAUGAAGUCACUGUGGCUUACUAAGAUGGCACUGAUUAUUUCAUUGCCCUGGUCUACACAAAGGGGGAGAUUCAAGCCUUGAAAUUGGUGAAGAGUUUGCUUAUAUGUGCAGCCAAAGUCACAAAGUUUGAAAGAAAAGAGCAGAAAGGAGAAAAGAGAGAAGAAUCAGAGAGGAAGCAAAGAACCACUUAAAAGAGCCAGAACGUGGGUCUAGUUAACACUGAAGAUAACAAGAAACCUAGAAGUGGCCCUGCAGCAGACUCCGUGGUGAUGACAGAAAUCUGAUGCUAGGAAUGCAGCUAAAAGUUAAAAUGGUGCUAUAUUGGCUAUGGGCUGGCUCAGCAACAAAUGCUGACAGAAGGGAAGCCAAAGGCGGAAUGAUCCACAUAACUGAGGAGGGCCGUGCACGAACACCAGGAAGCCCGUUCUAAUAGGCCCAAGAGGAACCUGUGUGAGAGAUUCAAGAGGAAGCCAGGAUGGCUGAGAAGGGGAUAUGCAUGGCCAAGAGCAGGCCUGUCAUGUGGAGGAUGAAGAGAGGAAUUCCUGGAGAGAGGCCGGCUUGCUGAAAAAGCUUUCUUGCACUGAAGAUGGGAGUGAUGUACUCUCUCAAGGAGCCUCCCAGACUUCUGAUUCCUGAUUCCGAGUUGUACCAAUGUUGUUUCCUAUAAAAAUAGCAUGGGGAUAUCAGACUUCAUCUACACAAGGGGAGAAGAGAUUGAAAGUCACCAAACCCCAGGCUCAUUCCUUUUGGAGGGAGGGAACUGGUGUUUCGAAAAUACUUCCAUUCUUGCAAUUCUGAUACCUCUUUCUCUCUCAUGGCACUUUGCACUUCUCUGUUGAGUUUGAUCAUUCAUUGCAAUGGACACACAGAACUCACAGACCAUACUCGGUUCUAGGGCUUACUAGGGAAGUAAUAGGGUCAACGUGUGAUCAAGUGCAGCAGGCUACAAUUUAAGAACAGGAAGCAUGUAGGCAGUCUGGAUGGUGGUGUGGAGAGCACAUCACUUAUUUUACAGUAGGGCAGAUCCUAUUGGCUGUGCAAGCAAGCAAGCUCUUCACUGUGCAUGUCCCCUGAGGACAUGCCUCCUCUCUGCCACACCACCUUUUGACAUGGACUGUGCUGCUGGGCUCCACAGAGUCUGUAUGGUUAUAACCCUUGAUCCAUGUUCCAGCUCUGUAAGAAGUCCUUGGCCUCUCUCACUGUUACUUGCUGCUUCCUUCUGCUUUCUUCCGUCUCAAACUUCUGUGUAGCUGGCUGCUUCUAUGAGGGGGCUUACGAACAUUUAUGGAAAUUUUCCAUUAUCUUAAAAUUGCAUGCGCUUUUUUUGAAGACCCCUUCUAUCUACAAUUCUGUCAAUUUCAAGGGAUAGCUGACCCGCCAGUGCCACAAACUGACCAGUCCCCUCUCAGGUCAUAGUCUGGUGAUAAAUCCCUGCAAGGUGCAUGCCAAUCACAGGGCAGGCUGUAAGGCCAGAUCAAAUCCAAGUUGUGUGCAGCUUACCCAGGAAAUACCAAUCAGCCUGCAUAAAAGUAACAAUCAUUCUGGGUUAGAAAACUAACUGGGGCAAAGGUAACUCAAGUGUUUAGGAUAAAAACCCAACUGUUUUCCCAAAGAACCAAAGUAAAAGGCCAUAUAAAUACUAAUUUGACCACACCAUGUCUUACCUUCCCUAUGUUAAUGAUAAAUGCCUAGAUAGUGUGGAACUAAUUCAAUAGCCACUAAUCACACUUGCCUAUAUAAAUGUAAAAUAAGUAAAGAAUAAAUAUAGUUCCUCAGUGUUGCCAACCACAUUUUAAAAGCUCAGUAUCCAUAUGUGGUAUUAUGAUUUAAGGUUGUUGGUCAAUUUGUCUGAACCAUGAUUCUCACUGGUUCAGCAAUUAAAAUGUAGUACUCUCCCAUGAUGAAAUCUCCUAUAAUGCAAUCCCCUCCUUGAUGCGAUCUGCUAUAAGCAGCCAUUUGACUGAAAGGGAGUUUCACUGGGGAUGUUAUGUGCUUCCUAUAUACAUUGGCAUUCUGCCAAACUUUCGGAGUCUGGAGCCUGCAUCUGGCUCAUCAUCAUCUGACUUCCAGUUCUUUGACCUUGAGUCAGUGGUCUGCCAUAUUGCCUGCCAAUCCUGGGAAUCAUUAGUCUCUGCAGACUGAGUUAACAGCCUGUUGACUUUGGAUUCAUUCACCUUAGCAGCCAGCAGCCUGCUGCCUGAUCUGCUGGUGUUGGGUUCAUCAGCCCUUGCAGAUACGUGAGUCAGGAGGAGCCUCCAGCCUGGCAUCUGACCCAUGGACUUGGAACUUGCCAGCCUCUGCAACAGCGUGAGCCAUUUCCUUAAGAGAGAGAAAGUCUUUCUAUAUAUAUGCAUACAUAUAAAAGCUUCACUGGUUUUGCUUCUCUAGAGAACCCUGCGUAAGACAUAUGGCUAAUGACUAAUGUAUUGGACAAUACAGAUGUAAGAUCCAACCAUCAUGGCAGAACAAUUAUUCUACUGGACAGUGUUGGUUUAUUACAGAAACUCAUUCCCCAUGAUAUAAAAAAUAAACAACGUAAGUAUAUUAUUGAUUUGGAAGGUGAUUGUGAAUGCACAAAAGAGUCAAAUAUUUUUGUCAUCUUAGAGGAUAAGCUAUUGAAAUAAUUCUAAGAGAUGCAAUUGUCCAAAAGUUUUAUCUCUGUAUAAUAGACUCUAUCUGUCUGAAUACAAAGCAAUGAAAACAUAAAAGGGUAAGGAUUCCAAAAAUAUAUAAAAUAAAUAGAAGGAUGAAAAAUGUCAUCUAAGAUGGAAGGAAGCACAGGAAAUUGGAGGAGCUAAAGUCCCUUUAGUCUCUUGGAGAAGGGUCUGUUUAUUUUUGCUCCCUUUGAGGCUGGUCCUCAUUUCACAGAUCUCGUCAUCUCUGUGCCCUGUUGAAUUAGGUCUUGUGCUUUUCCUCUUCAUCGGUUCCAUUUACUCUCCUGUGAGAGGCGCUAUUGUCCUGUCCUCUGCUCUAAUAACACCACAGUCUGCUUUACUCUAAUAAAGAUAAGUCUAUGA